AUGACGACGGCGACGAUUGAUCCUACAAACAAGGAGCUUGCCGAGACUGCCGACAAGAUCAGUCUGCUUGUGGAUCUGUUGAUUCAGCUUGGCGUGCUUGUUCAUGAUAACCCCGGAACUCCGCAGAGUCAUCUGACACUCGUGGACACCACCAACCAGGUGGUGAGCGGUCUCUCGGACAUUUGGGAACAGCAAGGCAUCGACAAGUACCCGGUGCCUAUUGAUGUCAUCAGCUACAUUGAGGAUGGACGCAAUCCUGAUAUCUACACCCGUGAAUUCGUCGAGGUGACGGCUAAGCUGAAUGCUCGGUUGAAGGGGAAGAUGGAAGGGUUUGCCAAACUCCGAGACGUCCUUGGAGAAAAGCUUGCGGCUGAAUUUCCCCAGCUCAAGCCCAACAUCGAUGAUAUCAUCGAAAGAACUCUGGUUGAAAAGUGA